AUGAGAAAGCUCCAGAAGAAGCGUCCAAACAGAAUUUCUGUAUUGGAAUCUCAGAUUUCCCAACUUCAGGGAGAUCUGAAGAAGGUGAAAGACGAGCUAAGUUCUUCAGAGUCAUGGAAAACGAGAGCUCAGCAAGACGCAGAGGACUCAAAAAAGCAGCUAUUAGCCAUGUCUUCAAAGCUCAAUGAGUCUCAGAAGCGACUUUUGGAGCUAUCUUCUUCUGAGGAAACCCGUGUCAUUGAGCUCCAAAAGAUCUCUGAAGAUCGUGAUCGGGAAUACAAAUCUGAACUUGAGGCCAUCCAGAAUCAGCACUUGGUUGAAUCAGCUGCAUUAGCCUCGGCUGUGAAUGAGAUUCAGCAGCUAAAAGCCCAGCUUGAAAUGGUAGCUGAAUCUGAGGCUGCACAAACGAAGAAUGUACAAUCAGCCAAUGCAGAGCUACUGAGCGUGAAAGAAAACCUAGCAGAAACACUUUCUCUUGUGGAGGACAUGAAAAACCAGUUGAGGGAUUCCAAAGAAUCGGAAGCUCAGGCCCAAGAGCUUGUUGGUGGGACUUUGUUGCAACUUGAAACUGCCAAAAAAACUGUUGAGACCCUCAGGUUGGAUGGUACUAAAGCCAAGGAAGCUUAUGAAUCCAUAGCUUUGGAGUUGGAUCAAUCGAGGGCAUGUGUGAAAUCACUAGAAGGGUUUGUUUCCAAACUUAAGGCGGACAUCAUUAACAAUGGAAGCAAUAGUUCAAAAAAUCUCGGUGCUGAUUACAAGCUAGAAUGUGAUAUCAAUGGAAAUAUUUGCAAAUCAAUGCGGCUUGAAACAGAGCUUAGUUCUGCUAAGGCUGAGCAAGGACUGUUAAGAACUGCACUAGAAACUGCUGAGAUCAGAUUCCAAGAAGAACAUAUUCGAAACACACUACAGAUUGCUUGGUAUAAUGCUUGUACAAUUUAUCAUGUAAUGUUUUUUUUAUAG